GAACGAAACUACUUCCUCCUUCCUCCUCAAUCGACAAUCGCCUCGCCAUCUUGUUUGCCCUGUGUAUUCGGUCAGCAACGCGCUCCGAAGUUUUCUAAUCGGCUUUUCUUUGAAAACCCUGAGUAUUUACUUCAUCAGUGGAGAAUCUCUUACGUAAAAUUUAAAUUCACGAUGAGUGACGACGGUCAUCAAGUUAAGAGAAGCAGCCCCAAUGGGAGUGUUUCUGACCACCAUGAAGAAAGGUCCAGGUCUAAAGAACCAAGCGCCCCAAGGUCACGUUCACCAAGUAUUCAUAAACCAAGCAGUCGUAGAGGAAAAGGAUAUUCCAGGUCCAGGAGUCGCUCUCGAUCUUACCACAAGUCUUAUAAGAAGUACAGGUCCAGGUCAAGAUCAAGGGACAAGAAGUACAAGUCACGUUAUUCCCACUCUCGGUCUCAUUCUCGCUCCCGUUCUGGGUCCUACAGUCCUCACAGCCGGCGUCGUGACAGGUCACACUCUCGCAGCCCCAUGUCUAACCGUCGCAGACACAAUGGCAACAGGAAAGAAUUCAAAGAAGAGAGAAAAUCCAAGUAUCAAGAACUGCACGAUCGAGAGAAUCCCCAGCCCAGCAGGUGUUUGGGUGUGUUUGGCCUUAGCAUUUACACAACAGAGCAACAGCUUCAUCACAUCUUCUCCAAGUACGGCCCUGUAGAACGUGUACAAGUUGUGAUUGAUGCCAAGUCUGGAAGGUCCAGAGGAUUCUGCUUUGUCUACUUUGAGAGCCAUGAGGAUGCCAAGGUAGCCAAGGAGCAGUGCACUGGUAUGGAGAUUGACGGACGUCGUAUCAGAGUAGACUACUCCAUCACACAACGAGCUCACACACCCACCCCUGGCAUAUACAUGGGCAAACCUACCUAUUCCAGCAACUAUGACCGGUACAACUAUGAUGACAGGGGCUGGGGAGGCAGGAGGGACUACGGUUACAAUGACUACUACGGAGGUGGCUACAGAGGUAGUUACAGAGGCCGAUCCCCCUCCCCGUACUACAGCAGGAGGAGGAGUCGAUACGACCGCUCUAGAUCCCGCUCUUACUCUCCCCGUCGAUAUUAGGCGAUUGUUGCUGGGAGAUGCUUCUCUGCGAUUCAAUUAGGUUUAAGAAAUGACUCUGUGACAAAACCUUAAAUACUUGAACUUCCCAAUUGUGUCCUAGUUUGGUUUAUUGUUUAUGUACACCAGUUUUACUUCUUAAACGUCAUUAGUUUGUUGAGUUUUUCAAAGCUGCAUUUGAAAAUCAGGUUUUGUCAUCAGCUGUAUUGUAUCAAUUGUUCAGUUCAUAAUAAAUGUUUUCAAAUAAAAGUGAGAUACAGUCUAUAUUAUUUUCUUUUAAAAUGUAAGUUGAGAAUUAUUUUUAACUUUAAAGUUUAGCUUCAUACUGGCUGGACUCUCAGGAUUUCUGUAUUUAGUUCAUAAAGCAUAAUGUUUUUUGAGGAUGCUAUUGUAAAUAUAGUAUUGGAUCAUCCUCAGUCUUAGUUCAUUUUAGGGGUUUUUUACUGCUUGAUAAGUGUGUUUUUUGUUUUAAUUUACAAUUAUUUUAUGACAGUAAAUUAAUGUGACUACUAAUUGUAGAUCCUAAGUGAUCCAUGAAAUAGUGCAAACUUUUUAGUCAAACAAUGUCCAAAUAGUCUUAUCACUGCUGUAUAUUGUACCUAAUCAAACGUCUGUGUAUCUGUAUCUGUUUCAAUAAAAAGCCAAAAAAAUAAACUAAUAUUUUUUUCUUUGCUUGUUAUAAGGUUAUCAAGAAAUAAGAGAAUAUGAAAAAGGGUAAUUUAACGAAAAAAAGGAAGAAAGAGAACAAAAUUAGUAGAAGCUCAAGCUUAAGCGAAAAAUCUCUCCGCGUUAAGAGAAGAUUUGAGCAAGCAAGCCUCUGAAGAAAGAAAACAACGGUCAAGGCGCAAGAGCAUUGACGUUGAAGAUCUUUGGAUCUGUUAGGAGCUAAAGCGAACCUUUGCAAGUUUUCAUAGAUUUAUCCUUCAAACUUACUUUGGAGUUUUUAAAGCAUUUUUUUUCAUGCUCUUAUUUCAUUUUCUCUCAAAGGAUUUAGUCCUCAUAUUAAUCCUGACUACCCCGGCGUUUAAUCAAGCAAUGUGAAAGUAUUCACCUAUAACCAUGCUAGGCCGAAAUUAUACUCAUUGUUUUUGAGUUAUUAGAAAAAUCCACAAUUCAAAAUUAAUAAUUGUCUUAAUUUUGAUUUUUGUAAUAUUCCAUGUAGUAGACAAUCAACUUGCACAAUUCUCUUAUAAAAAAAAAAAAAAAAAAAAAACACAUUUCACUAGUAAUCAAAAUAAAUUUAGUAAAAGUAUGCCUUUCAAAUAUCUACAUGACAAAAAUUGUGCUCCUUGCAACAUACACAGAUUUAUUCUACUUAUUAGGUUGUUGUUUUUAACACGCUAAAUUUUAUCCCAACAGUAUUUAUUUGCUUGUUUAAACAUUAACUUAGUAUUAACAUUUGUCCAGUUCCUCUUCCAGAUUUAUUGUUUCGGCCAAUAAAUUGUUUGAGCUGA